AUGGAAAGCAGUAUUACAAAUUAUAGAUAUCAUAAAUUAAUAAGAGAGUGGGUCAAGUAUUUACCAGAAGUUAUCGAUUACCUAAAUAAUUAUCCAACACGUCUUAUUAGAGCUCCUGGAUCCUCGAAGUGGGGGUUGGCACCAAUAAAAGCCAUCAAAUUAGAAAAGGUUGAAUCUCGGCCAUCCACAAAAUAUAAGCGUCCUGUUGGAAAAAAUGAGGAAAAUAAGUUAAAAAAGGGGGAUAAUGUUCGUUACCUGCUUGCUAAUGCAGAGUGGGAAGGAGGUAUGGAGAAUCAGAAAAGAGCCACGGAUCCGGUAUGGAGUCCAACUUUAUUUAAAAUUCGAAAAAUUGUUGUAACGAAGAAUGAACCAAUUUUAUAUUAUCUCGAAGGCGAUGAGUUUACACCAAAGCGGGGGUUUGUGAAAGAGGAACUCUUAUAUGUGAAUAUCGAUACGCUUCAGUAUCCACCCCAGAGUAUAUUGGAAGAAAACACUCGUUCCAGAUCUAUUAAUUUCGUUCGUAUUAUUAAUAAAAUGUCUAAAGCCAAAGUGAUGCGUGGGAAACAAAAACCUCUUUACCAUUCUAAGCUAUUGCGACUCAUUCUUCACGAAUGUAAAAUUUCAGAUCGAACCUUAAUCAAGAUUGCUUGCGAAACCUCCGGAUUGAAAUGUCUCAUUCUUAACGGCUGUAAUGGUUUUUCUUAUGAAUCAACUGCAGAUUCUUUGAAAAUGUGGCCUAAUCUAAAACAUUUAGAAUUUGAUUUUAACAACACUAAAAAGGGGGUCUCUGGUAAAUUUAUAUAUAUUGAUGACAGAAUACUUUGUGGAAUUGCAAUCCGAAAUCUGGAAUAUCUAAGUCUCGGUUCUUCUAAACUCUCUGAUAAAUCUUUAAGCAAAAUCGCCGAUUCGUGUCCAAACUUAAACUAUCUCAGUCUGGGACACAAUAAACAUAUCACCGAUAUAUCUAUGAUUGAUAUCGCACAUUCCUGUCCCAAAUUACGUUAUCUUAGUUUGUGGUGUUGCAGUAUUACAGAUGAGACAUUAAAAGCAGUAGCGUAUUCCUGUCCUGGACUCCAACAUUUGAGACUAAUGUCUUGUGGAGGUAUUUCCGAUGUGGGGGUUUGUGCGAUCGCUACUUCAUGCCGAAAUAUUAUAGAUUUUUCUUUUGAGAGUUGUGGGGUAAGUGAUAUAUCAGUUAAAAAAAUUGCACAAUCGUGCCCAAGUAUCCGAAGCCUCAAUCUGGAUUGGUGUUAUAUAACCGACGAGUCUAUCUGUGAAAUAGCAAGAUCAUGCCCAAGACUAGAAGUGCUACUUCUUCUAAAUUGCUUUAUUAGUGAUAUAUCAAUUCAUGAAAUUAUUCGAUCAUGUAAGAACCUGCGUAGUCUUGAUCUCAAAAAAUGUUACUCUGUUACUGAUGAGGCAAUCGAUGCUCUUAUGACUAGCAAUCCACGCAUUGAUAUUAGAGAGCCUUAA